CGAUUGGGCUGCCGAAUCCUUGCGCAUGGAUUGGAUCUACCAACAUGGCUAUUGUAACAUAUCGGCUCACAACUCAUCAGACACCCAAGGUCUUUUUUUCGAUCGUGAUCCAGACUUUCACUGACAAGUAUAGAUAUCCACAAGAAAUGAUGGGGGCGAUAUCAUCGAGUAGACCUCGGUAGAUAGGAACAUGUGGACUGGUGAGGUAAAAGAUUCGCCAUUAAACAGCCGCGGCUGGGUUUACAAAAGCGACUCCUAGCACCUAGGGUCAUACUCUUCUGUUGUCAAGAAAUAUUCUGGGAGUGUCUGGAACGCUUCUGUUGCGAAAGCUUUCCAGAUUCUUUACCAUCUGAUGAGGUUCUCGACCUUGGCUAGACAGUCUCUCUCAGACAGCUACCGACCGAAUAUGGGAGAACUUUGACUGGGCUGGUGCUGAAGAUUUUCCCAUCGAAGACCUGCCACAUGAAGUUUGGGACGAUAUCAUCAAAGCACACACCUAAUGUCAGUUCACUUACCCCCAGGAUAAACUUGUGGCAAUCGCUGGUGUUGUACGGCAUACAAAAGCCUCAAUCAGAGACACUUAUUAUGCGGUGGAUGUACCCAGAUCGCGACCGAUACGCAUUUGGCGAAGAGCCUUCAUACUACGCUCCAUCCUUCUCUUGGGCCCCCGUGAAAGGGCAGAUCAACUCAUCAGACCCUUUCGCCAUGGGAAUUUUGGUCGUGAUCCAAUGUGCUACCAUGGACAGCGGGCCACACAAUAACCACCCUAAGCAACUGUUCUUGGACGAUGUUUUUGGGAUUUCACUGAAGUCUCCGAUGUUCCAACUUAAAGUCACUGGAAAGCUUCGACCGUUCAGACUCUACAAGAAAGACGUCUGGAAGGCUGUUAUACCAAUCUCAGCAAGCGUUAGGGAGCAUAAUGCCCCUGCGACCAGAACCGUAGAACUAGACGCCUGGCUAGACUCCUCGAUACCUGAUUCGCACCGAAGUCGUUUUGAGAAUGAAGUCUUCUACCUUGUCCACUGGAGGCAUGGGCUAGACGCCGACGACUCUGACAUGGACGAAGCAACGCUUGACUGCAUGAUGCUCAAACGAAGGGACCCAACUUGAGAC